AUAUAUUCAUACACAUACAAACACACUCAAACACAUUCCGAUACUAAGGUUUUUGUUUGCAAUUUAUUUCCUUUAAUUUCUUGAAAGAAGACAAAAGAAUAAGAAUGAAUACAUUCAAGAUAUCCUAUCUCGUUGUGGUGCUCGUAAUGGUCCUAGCCAUUGCUAUAACACUUAGCGAACCGCUAAGGGUUGAGGCGAAACACCAAGACAGAUAUGGUCGGGUGAUAGCCGCUGCACGAGGGAAAAAAGGUGGGAACCGUACAAGUGCUAUGACAUGCAACAUAAGCUCAAAAGUAUGUCGUCUCAAAGGCAGUUCAGGUCGUGAUUGUUGCCGUAAGAGGUGCGUCGACUUGAGAACCAACAAACUGAAUUGCGGAAGAUGUGGGAAAAGUUGUCAAUACUCGGAGAUUUGUUGCAACGGAUACUGUGUAAACACGAUGUUUGAUAAAAGGCAUUGUGGAGGUUGCUUUAAGAAGUGCAACAAAGGGAGAUCGUGUGCCUAUGGGAUGUGCAACUAUGCUUAAAGAAACAGUGCGGUAUAAAGGUUACUGAAAAUAAAAGUUUAAUUUGUUGUUUAAAUUGGAUUACAGUCAUAUUACAAUUUUAAGUAUAUAGCCAGCUUGAAUAAGGGUCCUUGAACUGUCAGUAGAAAGUAGAAAUGGUCUUGUAAAAGUUUGUCAUUAUUGUAUUUGUAUUGUUUAAUUUGUAUGCCCACGUGUCCGGUAACAAUCCAAUGUAUUAGUACUUCUGUUAA